CUCUAUUCCACUCGAUCCGAUCCGACCGCCGGCUCUUGAUCCAAGCAACAACGACAAAGGCUAAUACAAACCAACAAAUUCCACUAGUCGCUUUGCAUCAAUUUACCCAUGUCGGAAGCAGAAAUGGCGUUACAGGCUCGUCGGGACGCCCAGGCCCGUCGGCAGCGGAUUCUCGACGCCGCCAACAAUCGCAUGGACGUCGUCAACGGUGUCCCCACCGCCGAGGAGGAAGAGGAAGCCGCAAGGGCCAAGGCCUCGGCCGGAUCCAAAAUGGCAGCAGCGCGUAGACGGCGGUUCCAGAAGAAGGCCCCGUCGACGGACGCGCCGGCUCUCCCCGAGGCCCCCACUGAACCCGUCCCACUCGCAGAUAAGGACAGCGCACAACCCGUUCCGGUAGACGAAACCCCCGCGUCCCUACCCAUCGAUGACACUCCAAACGAGACAACAGACGUGGAAGAUGACGAAUCCAAGAUUAAGUACGUUGGUGUUGCCAAAAUGCGUCGCCGCAUGCUACAGGAACGCAAACAGAAAGAGUCGCGAACGGACGGCGCCAACGGCACCGUGAAGCUAGAAACGGUCAAGCUUCCCCCCAAGAUCAAGGUGUCGAAACUGCCUAUCUUAAUGCAUGCCCUGACGGUUCUCUUGUUAUUCUUCGCGGGUCUCGAAGUGGGGCUGCAACAGGCGGAAGUCGAUUACCACCCUGCCAACAUUGAAGUGCACACUACCUUGGCUCCACGGGAAGGGUUGCGUGUACUACGGCGGUUCGCAAAGUCGGAGCAUGCGGGUAAACCAUCAUUGAAGCCUUUGGAUGCCAAAGUAUCUGCGUCAGAGAGUCUAGCGGCAACGGCGGAGGAAGAGGACGAAUUUUAUCAAAUUGACGAAAACAAUGGGGCUGAUGCGACCGAAAACUUGGAUCCUUUGUUUGGCGUCGACCUUGAUCGACUCACCGAAGGUCCCGGGUUGCUCAGUUUCCUAGGUCGUCUCGCCAUCAAAGCGCACCGCGUCAACUUGAGCAUCUUUUACUACCUGCCCCAACGUAUUUUUUACUACAUUGUCGACACAAUCAAGUCCUUACUGGAAACCCCGCCUAUUCUCAUGUUGAUUGCCCUCUUUAUCCGUCAAAUUGUAGCGCACCAAAUUCUGGGCGCCGGCCUACCUGACGCCAGUCAACAGCUAGAGGGACAGAACCAGACCAAGGACGUCCUUGGUAUGGUCAAGGGCUUUGUUUCGGGCUUUAUUUUCAAGAGCUUUCCAACGGGCGUUAAGCUGUACGGUGCUUGGGUCCAUUUGCGUGCCGACAUGUACGUGAUCCUGUGCGGACUGAUUGUCGGUGUGACUUGGUGCCAUACGGCUUCGUUGGAGUUGACGGGUGUUGGCGACGCCGUCCCCAAGCCUUCGCUAGUAGGGACCGGUGACGAACUUUAA